AGGACUAUAGCCGGACAAAACCCCAUGACGCUUUGCAAGAUGCAACCAGAAAUUGAAGGAAUGAAGCCUCAAUUCCACCCCAACCCUCACCAUCCCUUCUCUCUUCCCUUACGACCACCACCACCGCACCACCACCACCACCAUCCCCCGCUUCUCCACUUCCAUCUCCCUCUGUUCCUUCAUCGCCCUUGUAGCUGCCCGCCUCUCCUCCUCAUCCCUCACCAUCACCACCACCCCAGCUGCCCUCUCCCCUUCCAGCCCAGGUCUUCCAACGUCUCUUGCCCCAACUUCUCUCCAAUUCCACCAGCCGUGCCUUCGUCGCAGCCCAUCCAGAACCCAUGUCUGGUUCCUUCGAGGGCUGCCGCAGUCGAGAGCUUGGAAGUCUCUGAGGCCCAAACAAUGGAUAGUUCAGCACUCGAGUUGCAACAACAGGAAUGGAGAGAGGACCAGGACUUGGAAGAUGAAGAAGACGUGUUUGUUUUGACAGAUGAAUGGAUGGAGUUUUUUGCAAAAUCUGAGGCUAAAAGGAGAUUGGCUAAGCAGCGCAAAAAGAAGGGAGGCAAGUGAACUGCUAGCUAUAUAUGAUUGGGCCUUCCGAAAACGUUUUACUUCAAACAGUGUCUACUCAGAAACUUUGUCCUAACAGGAAGUUGGAGCAUUCUAAAUUUUUGCAUCUGCCUCUGGACCCUUAUAUGCAGAGUUUGAAGUUGACAGGCAUUCAGUGCUGAUGCUAUGAGGGUAUUUACCGCUGUAGUAUUUCUUAAUCCCACAUUUUGAGAACCACAGAUAUUUGGCACAUUAAGCUUGUCUUUAACAGGUUUUCUACGGUGCAAGUCAUAUCGUAUAAAUUCCCCAUAUUUUCAGACAUGAAUGAAGUGAUGCUUAGAUGCUGUUUUAUUU